AUGGGUGACUGGAGCUUUCUAGGGCGGCUGCUGGAGAAUGCUCAAGAACACUCCACUGUGAUUGGAAAGGUUUGGCUGACAGUCCUCUUUAUCUUCCGCAUCUUGGUGCUGGGCGCAGCAGCUGAAGAGGUUUGGGGUGACGAGCAGUCUGACUUUACUUGUAACACGCAGCAGCCCGGUUGCGAGAACGUCUGCUACGACGAGGCUUUCCCCAUCUCCCACAUCCGCUUCUGGGUGCUGCAGAUCAUCUUUGUCUCCACGCCCACCCUCAUCUACCUGGGCCAUGUGCUGCACAUCGUCCGCAUGGAGGAGAAGAGGAGGGAGAGGGAAGAGGAGCUCAGAAAGGCCGGACGGCACCAGGAGGACCACGAUCCUCUCUAUCACAACGGGGUCGGCGAUGGAGGAGGAGGUGGGAAGAAGGAGAAACCGCCGAUUCGCGAUGAGCACGGGAAGAUCCGGAUCCGUGGGGCAUUAUUGAGGACCUACAUCUUCAACAUCAUCUUCAAGACUCUGUUCGAGGUGGGCUUCAUCCUGGGACAGUACUUCCUGUAUGGCUUCCACCUGAGGCCGCUCUAUAAAUGUGGACGCUGGCCCUGCCCCAAUACUGUGGACUGCUUCAUCUCCAGGCCAACUGAAAAGACGAUCUUCAUCAUCUUCAUGCUGGUGGUGGCCUGCGUCUCGCUGGUGCUCAACCUGCUGGAGAUUUACCACCUGGGCUGGAAGAAAGUCAAGCAGGGUGUCACCAAUGAGUUUGUCCCCGACAGUGAGUCGCUGAUGCUGGGCAGAGACGAGCCCGGAGACGCAGAGACGAUCCCCGAGCAGACCUCUCCGUCGGUGCUCGACUGUUUGCCGGUGUACGCCAGCGUGAACGUGGUGGGGGCUGGAGCUGCAGAGGGAGGAACCUACAGUCCAACUGAAGCUUCCCCUGCCGUGAUUUCCUUAAAUCCCAACAAUGCCAGACUCAAGAUGGACGGCCCAGCGUUCCACCCAGAUGACUUCCUGUUGGAGGCCGUGCCCGGUUCCUAUUACGGUGACAAAGUGCGUGUUAGGAGCCAAAGGGAGCUGAUGGCGAUGGAGCAGAACUGGAGCAACAUGGCACUGGAGCUCCAUAAGCUGGAUGGAAAAAACUCGUCUUCCUCCUCCUACCCUCCUCCUCUUCCCUCUCCUCCCACCUCCACCUCCUCCUCCCCUCACGAGGAGGCCACCCCACCACUUCCACAAGGGGAGGAACACUCCACUUUUCCGACACUCCCUCGUCACACCCCGCUUUCCCCCAUCGCACCGGAGGAGACGGCGGCGGUAGAGGAGAACACGUCACCUUGUAUGGUCCCUCAUGACGACUUCACCGUGGUUACCAGGGCGGAGAUGCAUCAGCCUCCUGCUGCAGCGAGAGAUAUCCGGAAGCCAAGUCGGGCCAGCAAGAGCAGCGGCGUCCGAGCUCGCCCCGAUGACCUGGCAGUGUAGCUAAAACACACACACACUCACACAUUUACACACAUACAUGCUGUGUACACAUAGAAAAGCUACAUUUUAUUUCACGACAGCAUAA